AUGGCGCGGAUUCUUUACCGCACCCCCGCUGAUUCCAAAAAUGCCACUUGUGUGAGGUUUGAAAUGUUAAAUAACUCUGAUGAAGUAAAUAUACCUAAAGAAGUUUUAGGAUGGGAUACCCAUGCAAGAGAAAGAUUUGUAAAGAACUUGCAGCAAAAAAGCGUGAAAAUGUUUCGCGCCAGAGGUAUGAUAGUUGGUUGUGCUGGUGCUGGAAAGACAACACUUCUUCGAAAACUCCACGAAAGGACGAGAACACAUACAGAUAGAACAAGUACAGAAAAAAGAAGUCUUCCUAGAAAGCUCCAAGGAAGAAUGAGAACUUAUGAUAACAGUUCAGGUGCAGGAAACUUUAAUAUUUUUAGAAAGUUCCUAGGAGAGGAGAAAGAUGAAGAUAAGCCAACUGAAACAACCAUAGGCAUUGAGGUCCAUGAAGAUUUGUUUGUUAUCGAGGACAACAUGUUAAAAGAGUUUAGUACCAGAAGAGCAGAAAAAGAAUCCCAAUAUCUUGACAACAAUGUUGUUAGUAUGACAGACUUUGCGGGACAAGUGGCUUAUUACGCAUGUCACCAGGUAUAUCUGUCUAGAAGAGCAUUCUACAUCGUGGUUAUCGACAUGUCCAAAAAGCUUGAUGAAGAAUGUCGACUGUAUGACACAGAUCGCCAUAACCCUACAGGUUCCUUAUUUCACUUCUGGACAUACAGAGACUUUUUCCACUUUUGGAUACAAACCAUUAAUACAUAUUGCAAUGAUGGAAUGUCACAAAGGAGUGCGAAAAAUACAACAGCUAUCAACGACUCCAUGGUGAAUGUCAAUUUUCCUCCGGUUAUUCUUGUUGCCUCCCAUAAAGAUAAGCUGAUAUUUAAGGGUUUUUUCUUUCUACCUAAGCAGGGCAGAGUUUUGCACGCAUCGGAUACAUUUUACAGCCAACUAGAAGAAAGUUUAUAUGAAGAACAAUCCUUGAGAAGACUUCUAUCUCCAUAUCGAUAUUUUGAAGUAGAAUGUCCAUCAAAAGCUUUGACACCAAAGCAGCAAAUGUCCAUUGAUCUUGUUAAGAAAUGUAUCGUAGAAACUGUACAAAAGCUACCACAUUGGGGGGAAGAAGUUCCUCUGAAAUGGUUUGAACUUGAGAAAAGUAUUAAUGAGAAGAAAAGAAACGGAGAAAAAAUAUUGAAGUGGUCAGAAUUGAAGGAAACAGCAAGAGAUUUUUCUAUAGACGAAGAUGAUCUUCAUGAUGUUCUCCGUUUCUUGCACGAAAUAGGAAAAAUCAUACAUUUUUCUGUGGAUAAAUUCAAGGAAACUAUUAUCAUCGAUGUUCAGUGGUUUGUUGAUGCAUUCAAAUACAUCAUCACUGAUGAAAAGCAUUUUGCUCGGAAAGACAAUAUAAAUGUACUGGUAAAUACUGGAAGAAUAAGUGGGCGAUACAUUGAACAUGUAUGGGAAAGUAUCGAUGGCAUGUCUGAUUAUGGGAAAACUGAAAAACAUCAUGCUUUCUUAAUGCAAUCAUACACAAAGCAUAAAGAUGAUAUUCUUAAAUACAUGGAUAAACUUGGCUUGAUGACAAAAAUUGAAUCACAAGCAGGUGUUAGCGAUGGGAACGAGGUGUAUUACAUUCCAAGCAUGAACCGAACCGACCUUUCGUCAAACACAAAAUAUGCAAUUAGCCAACAACCAAAAUCAUCCAUGAUGUUGUACUUUUUCAAAUAUUAUCUACCCCAUUUUUUCUUCUUCCGAUUGGUGGUAGCUUGUUUCAAGAAAUGGAAGAUUUGCGAUGAAGAUUCUUUUUUCAAAAAUGCUGCAUUUUACAGGGCAGAAGAAACUGGCCAUUAUUUUGUCAUAGCCGUCAGCAAAACGUCCAUCCAGUUGCAAGUUUUUACGCGUGACGAAGCAUUGAAAGAAGAAUGCGUGAAGAAUAUUAGAAAAACUGUAGAGGGUUAUAUUAAAGAAAUUACAGAAACAUUUCACAAGGGAAUUAUCUAUGAUAUCGGUUUUUCAUGCAAAGACAUAAAAAUCGCAGAUGAAGAUGUAGAAUUCUUUUUAAAAGAGUCUGAUAUUACGCAGGAAGCUAGAAAUUCCAUGAAGAUGUCAUGUCCAAGACAUUUUCUUGGGGCAAACAAACAUAAAAUUGAUACACAUAAAAUACUUAUGUGCUUAUUUGAGAGAAAGUCUACUUCGUCUUCUUCAAUGAACAAUUAG